CCUUUCUCCUUCCCUCUCGCCUCCAGGAUUUCUCUCUUCCUAUUUCUGGAGGACUCUCACAGGCUCCCUCAGCCCGUGUGAAGCUGAGGUUUCCUGUGGAACCCGUAUAUCCCCAACACAUACCUCCACGCAGACACAUCCCCAACAAUCCCGCGCUCGCACCGACACACACGCGCGCACACACUCGCGCUCGCCUGUCCACCUCCCUCCCGGGAGAGCCGGCGCGCGUUCCCACCUUCUCUGCACACUUCGGCGAGCCGAGCUCGCAGCGCUCUGGGAUUCUGCGGCUCGGAACUCGGAUCGCAGCUCUGAACCCUCAUGGUGGUUUCUGAAACAUUUCCUUCUCUCUCUCGUUUUUAUUGCAACGUUUUCGAUCUGGGGGGCUAGAGGAGCAAGGCGGCUGCUUUCCCAGCCAGCCCUGGUUGGCUUGCCAUCCUCCAUCUGGCUUAUAAAAGUUUGCUGAGCGCAGUCCAGAGGGCUGCGCUGCUCGUCCCCUCGGCUGGCGGAAGGGGGUGACGCUGGGCAGCGGCGAGGAGCGCGCCGCUGGCUCUGGCGGGCUUUCGGCUUGAGGGGCAAGGUGAAGAGCGCACGGGCCGUGGGGUUUACCGAGCUGGAUUUGCAUGUUGCACCAUGCCUUCUUGGAUCGGGGCUGUGAUUCUUCCUCUCUCUGGGCUGCUGCUGUCCCUCCCGGCCGGGGCGGAUGUGAAGGCUCGGAGCUGCAGCGAGGUCCGCCAGGCGUACGGUGCCAAGGGAUUCAGCCUGGCGGACAUCCCCUACCAAGAGAUCGCAGGGGAACACUUAAGGGUCUGUCCUCAAGAAUACACAUGCUGCACCACAGAAAUGGAAGACAAGUUAAGCCAGCAGAGCAAACUGGAGUUUGAAAACCUCGUGGAAGAGACGAGUCAUUUUGUGCGCACCACGUUCGUGUCCAGGCACAAGAAAUUCGACGAAUUUUUCCGAGAGCUGCUAGAAAAUGCAGAAAAGUCCCUGAACGAUAUGUUUGUGCGGACCUAUGGGAUGCUGUACAUGCAGAAUUCAGAAGUGUUCCAGGACCUCUUCACAGAGCUGAAAAGAUACUAUACGGGGGGCAACGUGAACCUGGAGGAGAUGCUCAAUGACUUCUGGGCUCGGCUCCUGGAACGGAUGUUCCAGCUCAUAAACCCGCAGUAUCACUUCAGCGAGGACUACCUGGAAUGCGUGAGCAAGUACACGGACCAGCUGAAGCCGUUUGGGGACGUACCCCGGAAGCUGAAAAUCCAGGUCACCCGCGCCUUCAUUGCCGCCCGGACGUUUGUCCAGGGGCUGACUGUGGGCAGAGAGGUUGCCAAUCGAGUUUCCAAGGUCAGCCCCACCCCAGGGUGCAUCCGGGCUCUCAUGAAGAUGCUGUAUUGCCCGUACUGCCGAGGACUUCCCGCCGUGAGACCUUGCAACAACUACUGCCUCAACGUCAUGAAGGGCUGCCUGGCAAAUCAGGCCGACCUGGACACAGAGUGGAACCUGUUUAUAGAUGCAAUGCUCUUGGUGGCGGAGCGACUGGAAGGACCCUUCAACAUUGAGUCGGUCAUGGAUCCUAUAGAUGUCAAGAUCUCUGAGGCCAUUAUGAACAUGCAAGAAAACAGCAUGCAGGUGUCUGCAAAGGUCUUUCAGGGGUGUGGCCAACCCAAACCUGCUCCGGCCCUCAGAUCUGCCCGCUCAGCUCCUGAAAAUUUUAAUACACGGUUCAGGCCGUACAAUCCUGAGGAGAGACCAACAACCGCAGCAGGCACGAGCUUGGACCGGCUGGUCACAGACAUAAAAGAGAAACUGAAGCUCUCUAAAAAGGUCUGGUCAGCGUUGCCCUACACCAUCUGCAAGGAUGAGAGCGUGACAGCAGGCACAUCCAACGAAGAGGAAUGCUGGAACGGGCACAGCAAAGCCAGGUACUUGCCUGAGAUCAUGAAUGAUGGGCUGACCAACCAGAUCAACAACCCUGAGGUGGACGUGGACAUCACUCGGCCCGACACUUUCAUCCGGCAGCAGAUAAUGGCUCUCCGUGUGAUGACCAACAAACUGAAGAAUGCGUACAAUGGCAACGACGUCAACUUCCAGGACACAAGCGAUGAAUCCAGCGGCUCAGGGAGUGGCAGUGGGUGCAUGGAUGACGUGUGUCCCACGGAGUUUGAGUUUGUCACCACGGAGGCGCCUGCAGUAGAUCCCGACCGGAGAGAAGUAGACUCUUCCGCAGCCCAGCACGGCCCCUCGCUGCUGUCAGCGUCUCUCGUGGGCCUCGUCCUGGCACUGCAGAGACUGUGCAGAUAAUCCUGGGUUUCCGUCCGAUCAAACUGCGUUUUAGCUAUUUGAACAGCCAACUCCCUUCUUUUCUUACACUCUUGGACAAUGGACCAUGCCACAAAAACUUACCGUUUUCUAUGAGAAGAGCAGGCUGCACUCUGCCUCCCUUUCUGUUUUCCCAAAGAGUACCGGGUGCCAGACUGGACCGCUCCCUCUUUCCUCUGCUCUCUGUGGGACCCUGUUUCUUCUAGAGCGUUCUUACUCAGAUCUUUCCUACCAGGAGAUUUUCUUACCUUCGUUUGCUUUUAUGCUGCAGAAGUAAAGGAAUCUCACGUUGUGAGUUCUUUUUUCCCAUUUAUAACAACUUAAAAAAAAAAAAAAAAAAAAAA